AGAGCCGUUGCGACCACUAGCCACCACGUUUGACGUGCCUUGUACGCUAACUAUCUACGAAGCCGAUGUCUUCAGAAUAAACGUGGCGUCCGUCACCGCCGAAGAUCACGCCAAAUGCCCGCCGGUCUCCUGCUGCAUAUCUUGCUUCGUAUCUCUGUUAGGAGGUGCGCCCAUGUCGGAGCCGGACGAAUCUGACACCGGCAGAAUUAAUUGACGAAUCGAGCCGCCGUCACACCGCGAAAAGCCCCGCCGAUUAAAAAAAAAAAAAAAAUCAUGCCCCCCUCUCCCUCCCUCUAUUAUUAAUUAUUUUACUCCAGGAGGAAAGGAAAUGAAGAACCAGUAUUUGAUUCAUAAUUCCCCGUCGGGGUUGGGAUUUUUCUAGGGUUUGGAGCCCGAUCCAGCCCUCCGAUGCGCUCUCCUCUUUCUCGCCUCCAUUACUCCGUCUGUUGAAUUCUUGGGAGCUUUCGAACUCAGCAGGCUACUGAUGCUCGCCGCGGACUCGAUGCUGGGGACUGCGAAGUCUGGCGUGGGCAUCCCCGGGGGCAUCCGGAUCCGGUACCGCAGGGGAAUGGCUUGCGUCAAGCAAGGUUUUCGGCAGCGGUCAGCUCGAGAACCAAGAAAAGGGGGAGGGAAGGUGGAUUUCUUCCGGUGGAUGAGCUGCUUCAAGGAUCCCAUGGGGAAGGUCAAGAAGGUGGAGGUGGAGACCGUCCACGGCGGGGAGGACCUCUGGGAUGUGGCUUCCACGGCCGAGCGUGGGAGUUUCCCGGAGCAUCUAGUCAUAAUGGUCAAUGGCUUGAUUGGAAGUGCUGAAGAUUGGAGAUUUGCAGCAGAGCAGUUCGUGAAAAAGCUUCCAAAUAGAGUAAUCGUCCAUCGCAGUGAGUGUAAUACUUCGAGAUUGACAUUUGAUGGAGUUGAUUUGAUGGGUGAGAGGCUAGCAGAAGAGGUCCGAUCAGUUGUUAGGCAAAGAGGUGGUGUACAGAAGAUCUCAUUUGUCGCUCAUUCAUUGGGUGGCCUGAUAGCCAGAUAUGCUAUUGGAAGGCUAUAUGAGCCUAUUACUGAAGUGGAGCCUCUUGCUGGUGCUAAGAACCAAUUUGAUGAAGAUGGCAGUUUGGAAGGUAGAAUAGCUGGGUUGGAACCUAUGAAUUUCAUAACAUUUGCCUCACCCCAUCUAGGUUCCAGGGGGCAUAAACAGAUUCCUUUCCUUUGUGGUCUUCCUUUUUUGGAGCAAAGGGCAUCCGAAACUGCACAUUUGAUAGUUGGCAGGACUGGAAAGCAUCUAUUUCUUACAGAUAAUGAUGAUGGAAAGCCUCCACUUCUCCUUCGAAUGGUUGAUGAUUGCGAUGAUAUAAAGUUUAGGUCAGCCUUGCGCUCUUUCAAGCGCUGUGUUGCCUAUGCCAAUGCAAAUUAUGACCAUAUUGUAGGAUGGAGAACAUCAUCGAUUCGCCGUCAACAUGAAUUACCAAAACAUCACCUUCUUGUAAAGGAUGAGAAGUAUCCACAUAUAGUUUUUGUGGAUAAAGGAAAUACAGAAAUCAAACAUAAUGAAGUAUUGGUUGAUCUGAAUGCUCAACAAUAUGACCUGGAAGAGGAGAUGAUUAGAGGUCUUACACAAGUAUCUUGGGAGCGUGUGGAUGUAAGCUUUCAGAAAAGUAGGCAAAGAUACAUUGCGCAUAAUACCAUCCAGGUGAAAAGCUACUGGUUGAACUCUGAUGGUGCAGAUGUGGUCUUCCAUAUGAUCGAUAAUUUUCUUAUCUAGUCCUCUGACAAAUUUUGUGGUUCUCGAUUGGCAGGCCACAAACUCAUUCCAGUGUGUGGAACACUGAUGCAGGUACAUUUAUUCUAAAAAGCUCAAGCUUGUAGAUAACUAAUUGUCCUUUGCGUAUUGGUUGCGCCAUUUUGAUUUGUUUGUAAUUCUUUUGACGUGCAUUCAUACACCACCCAGGGAGUCUGCUAACAAGAAAUUGUAGAUUUUCUUAGUAGGUGGAUUGUCUUGUAAUAGAAUUCUUCAUUUUAUACCUUAGGAAGAAAUUUCCUACAAGGGCCUCCGGUUCCCUUAAAAGCUA